CUGUCAUACAACAGAACAGAACGGAAUUUGCGCGCACGGGUUUUAUUAUCAUUGAGAUACCAAUAAAGACAAGCCUUUGAAUACUAUUGAUAUGUUUUACUACACCCGCCGAUUUGCGACGAAUUUGCAAAACAGCUUGAGCGACGUGUAAAAUGGAGCAGCACGACGAAAUUAAAUCCGGUUGUUUGUUGUUCCCUCCCGCCGGAGGGAAUGUGUUUAGUAAAUUUCCUAAGAAGAAACAACAACAAAAGUACUGUCUGCUUCUAAGCUCCAGCAAGCAGGGUAUUGAGAGAUUAGAGAUAUAUGAUAAUAAGGAUGACAUUAAUACAGGUGCCAUCCCCAAGAUUAUUACCCUUGAGAAUUGUAUUAAGAUAACACAUUCUAGUCCAAACAUUAUCACUGUACUUACUAAGUCACAUACCCAGCAAUUCUGUGCUCAAUCAGAACUGGAAACAUUAGAAUGGGUGAAAGCGCUGCAGUCUGUAGCAUUUAAAGGCAGAGACACAAGUCCUGUUCGCUGUGAUGAGGACAAUGACCUCUACUGUUCAUCAGGAGAAGGAGUAUUCUCAGUCAAAUUGUGCCCUUCCGAUGCAUCAAUAAGGUGUGGUUUGGAGGUGAUGCGGUACCUGCUACUCCUCACUACAACUGCCAUUGAUUUAAGAGAUGUAAAUGACAAUAAGCUGUAUGCUACUUGGCCAUAUAGAUAUAUAAGACGUUAUGGUUAUAGACAGGGAAAAUUCACAUUUGAGGCAGGAAGAAAAUGUGAUACAGGUGAAGGUAUCUUCCAUUUGGAGCAUCCUAACCAGUCUGAGAUAUUUAAGUGUGUCUCAUUGAAGAUGAAAACCAUGAAGCAGAUGAUUGGCAGUGAUUUAAAUAGUCCUGAACACAGUGAAUUCAACUUACAGGCCGGUGCAAAUUUAUUCCCUGGAUCUAGGAGUCCUUUAGUGGCUGCCAGGCCUGAUGAUUUAAGCUUGAGUUCUCUUUCGUUCAAAACUGCACCUUCAAGCCAGCAAAGCUCAUUCUCUGAAAGAGAUAGUGCACCUCUCUUAAUGCCUAAGCCAGCAUUAAAGCCCAAGCCACAAAAACCUCCACGAAAAAUCAUCAACAUGCCCAAGGCUCUUGUGAAAGAGUUAUGCAGUUCAACAGAUGAAAGCCUAGAUUUUGGCAGAUAUAAAAAACUUGAGAAUUAUGAACCAAUUGAACAAGUGAAAAGAGACCCAAGUCCUCCUUCUGUGCCAUAUGACAAGGUGGAAGUUCGUAGUGAAGCUUGGAAAACUCUUGGUAUCGAAGACCCUGACCACACUGAGUUCACACCUAAUUUGGGUGAUAACCCUAACUGCAUGAAACUUAUAUCAAGAUCACAAGAUAAUUUGAACACUUCUGGCCCAGAAGGUUCUAGAAUUAUACUGUUACCAAGUCCAAUGGUUGAUCCGGAGGAUGAGAACUAUGACCGACUACAGUAUUUUGGUUCUACAAGUAAGUUGAAUAAGUCUGCUAAGUAUAAAAAAGUUGAAGCCCGUCCAACGACAUUGAUUCCUGGGGAUCAAAAGAGUAAAGAUACUUGGAAUGAUUAUGAUGAAGUGGAGAAUGUGAUGCAGACUGCAAGACUGGCUGAUGAUUCUCAUCUAGGAUAUGGUAUGAUACGGAAACCAAAUGCUCCAGGGCCUCAAGUACCCACUGCUGCACAAGCUCAGGCACUGCAAAACCAGGUCAGUUUGGAAGAGAUCAAUCAUAACACAUGUAAUGGGACUGACUAUGCAGUUAUUAGCCGACCAAAAAGGGUGUAAGGUUACUUUUAAAAUGUUAUAAGUAUUACAGCGAAUAUUAUACACUAAGACUGAAAUUUUUUUAUACCAGAAAUUCGAAUAGGAAGAGAUUAUUGUGGGUAAACUUUUAGAUGAAAAUAUUUUAAAAAAAACAUGUUACGAAUUAUAGUUAUAAUGACAAGAAAUUACUAUUUGCAUUCCAAUUUGUACUUUUCACAAUUUAGUUAAGUGCUUAUAUACAUUUUAUAGGUCAAUGUAUAUAACUGUAAGUGUUUAUUUUCCUUUGAAGAUAUUGAUUUACGGACCAUGUGAUUAAACAGUGCCUUAUUGCUCUUAGUAUAAGGACUAUUUCUAGAAUUCAACAGUGACAAGUCUACCAGUUGGUGCCAAUAUACUUUAUGUUUAAAUGUAGUAUUAGUGUACCAUAUUUUUUUAUAUGCAUAUAAAGAUCAUGCACUUUAAAAGUAUUUCAUUACCCAUUUCAGUAUUUAGGUUUCAAAACCUGGUGGUGGCACUGAAAUCAUUAAUUAUGUUAAUGUUAAUUGUGUCAUAAAAGAUCUAUAUUGAGCAAUUAAGGAUAAAUGUCAAGAGACCAGAUUAUUAGUAACACUCGUCAGAUGAGUUAUCUUAUUUUGAAAUAAGAGAGAUGGAUGGUGCUGAUUUAUAUUGACAUUCUGUCGCAAGUAUCUAUUAGAAGCUUCCUUUCAAUUUACCACAGGAUUAUUAAUAUCAUCAGUGGCUGUUAUCAAUCCACUGCAAGCCACAGGCCUGUUUAAAAAAAAUCUGUUAAUAAUCAGUAUUUUCAUUACACUCCAAGUCUUUAUGUUACGACUUAUGACAUUAUUUUUAUGCCAAAAUCAAUCUCAUCAUUCAUUUCAAUUCUUUACAUUUUCUUAUAAGUUUCCUUAAAAUGCAGUGUUACCAAUAUUUUAUUAGGAUUAUCUUUACAAGUAGAUUACCACAUAUAGUCUAUGUAUAAUUUUAUUAAAGCCAUAUUAUUGUGACUUAUUUUAUAAACUGAAAAUAUUGAUAAAUAAAAUCAUAAUCCAGUUU